GGUAAAAAAGACCUUCACAAUCUGCCAAAACAUAGGCCAAGAUAAAUUGUUGGGCUUCCUGUGGUGAUUAUGAACCGAUCUAGUCUCAUGAUGUGACGUCAUCACAAAUGGCUGCUUCCUGUGGGAUUGACACGAACUCACUGAAUAACUUUGCUUCGGAAUUUCUCGCAAAUUUAUGCAAUUGAUGUGGUAGAGACACCCAAAUCAAGCUAACAUGUCAAGUGAAGAUACAGCAAUCCAGCUUAUCGCAGAAGCAGAGAAAAAAGUGAAGGCAUCGCAAGGGUUUUUUGGCGGAUUAUUUGGUGGUAGUUCAAAGCUUGAAGAUGCCGUGGAACUUUACACACGUGCCGGAAAUUCGUUCAAAAUGGCCAAAAAAUGGAGUGCUGCAGGUACAGCUUUUCUAGAAGCAGCUAAGAUACAGCGUGAGAGUCUUCAAAGUAAGCAUGAGGCUGCCCAGAGCUAUGUUGAUGCUGGCACCUGCUUCAAAAAGGCUGACAACGAAGAGGCUGUGAAGGCCUAUGGAGAAGCUAUUGAUAUAUUUACUGAUAUGGGGAGAUUUACCAUGGCUGCAAAGCACCACAUAACUGUUGCAGAGAUAUAUGAAGGCAACAAUGACUUAGACAUGUCAAUCCACCAUUAUGAACAAGCAGCAGAUUACUACAGAGGAGAGGAAUCAAACAGCUCCGCCAAUAAGUGCGCCCUUAAAGUUGCCCUGUUCGCAGCUCAAAUGGAGAACUACUCAAAGGCAAUAGAAAUCUAUGAACAGGUCGCCGCAGAUGCAAUAGAGAGCUCUAUUCUCAAGUACAGUGCCAAGGACUACUUCUUUAAAGCAGCUUUAUGCCACAUGUGUGUGGAUGUUCUGGAGGCUCAGAGAGCAGUGGAGAAGUACUGUGAUAUGCAUGCGGCCUUCCAGGACUCUAGAGAGUGCAAGCUUCUUAGGAGUUUGUUGGAGGCACAAGAGGAGCAAAAUGUAGAAGCUUUUACAGAGGCUGUGAAGGAGUAUGACAGCAUAUCUCGCAUUGACCAGUGGUUGACCACAAUGCUGUUAAGAAUCAAGAAGAGUAUGAAUGAUAACCCGGAUCUUACUUAAGAAUAUGGACCAUACAGUAGCAAGCUAGUAAUAACACACAUUGUACAGCGAUAACUGUAUAUCAAGAGUUGGAAAGACAAAGAUAUAAUUUUUCACCAGCUCAAAACACAUUGUCUAAUGGAAAUCAUCAUAAGAUUUUAAUAUCAAAAUAAUGAAAUAGAAAGCUUUUCUUUUCAAGGAAAGAUUUGAGAGGCACCGGACUAGGGGGAGGGGGGUUAACACAAACAGGGGAUGGCUUCAGGUCCCUUUGGCCUGAUUUUCAAACUUGCGAGAAAAUCCACUUUGCCAGACCCAUUUUAGACAAAGUUUAUAAGAAAUGCAUGGAAGCUAUAAUCAUAAGCUAUUAUCUAAUAAAUAUAAGCUAUAAUAGCCGCUUAUUAAAGCAAAACACAUUUGUCUUUGACUUUCCAGUGUAUGCUAUAUGCUACAUACUGUUUUUCUUUUAUUGUCAAGUAGAGCAAAUAAAUGGAAAUCUUUUCAA